AUGACGCUAAGUCGCCGCGCGAACACAUGUUUCCUCUGCACACCUCCGUCGCUCUUUCUUACACCACACUACGCCCAAGGCAUCAUGGCAUCUGCCAAAGCGCCCAAGGGCCACUUCUCUAUCCUGUACUUUGCAGCGGCUUCAACCUUCACAGGCAAGGCCAGUGAACAUCUUCCUGCUCCUGUACGAGCUCGCGAUGUCUUCGCUAUGCUGGAAGAGAGAUACCCGGAUAUUCGCAACAAGGUGUUGAGCAGCUGUGCUAUGACAGUCAACAUGGAGUACGUUGAUGUCGGGGAGGACGAUGCUGAGGAUGCAGACAGGCAGAUUGUCGAAGGCGACGAGGUUGCCAUUAUUCCGCCUGUGAGCUCGGGAUAG